UUACAAUUUUAUUAAGCCAUUUAGCAUACGUAUUAUUUUGAUAUUAUAAUUUGCAGUAGUUAAGCCUUUUCUGUAGUAAUUAAUUACUUACUUCUACGCAAUUAAAUUGCAUGGUUACAAGAGAAAAUCGUAGCAGAAAAACCCACUUCUAAAUAGUUGUUUAUAAACUUUGAUCUGACGUCAUUAUGCAAGAUUACUCCGCGAUGAAAGCAAAUCCCUAAAAAGCUUAUAAGAGAUAUUGACCUUUACGACCGUCGUUAUCAUCAGUAAUAAUGUCGACUCGACAGGGUUAGGUUAGACUGCACGCGAUGAAGAAAGUUAUUACACAUAUCACGCUCGAGCUGCUGAGUACAUUGUCCCGAUCAUUGAUUGCCUUUUUAAGCCUCUUUAAAAAUGUCAUUUCAAAGUUUACUCUUAACAACAUUUGGGUUGAUUUUUGCUUGCGUAGUUUUUGCUCUGCUUUUCAAGUAUCUCUAUAGCAAACUAUACACUUUAAUAUGCUGUUUCGACAAAUCAUCAUCGAUGGCGAACACCGUCUUGUCCAGUAAUGGCAAUCUCGGAUCCCAGCAUCCCAACGCAGAUCUAUCGCCACCACCGUCUUAUGAUGAAGUUGUCUCAUGUGGCGACAUAUUUGUCAUAAAUAUUGAAGGUGAUUGGCAAUAUGAUGCUUCAAGUAAUUGGUACGAUGAACAACUUCCAACUUAUGACGAGGUCACCAUGGGAAGCUAUAUCCCAUUUGAAGAAUAAAAUAAACCACCGUUGCUCCUGACAAUUUUUAAAGUAACUAUCUCGCCCAUUUUUCUAAUGAAACCAAGAAUCAAGAUCAUGAAAUUUCUCAGCGUGGAAUCGUCGAUGUUGCGCAAUGCUUUGUAAUUUUUAAUGCUUUUUGGUUUACUUUUGUGCGUUUCAUUCUAAACUUUGUAUGAAAUUUAAUUGAUCUGUAUACUCAUCGCUAAAACAAUAUGUUACUUGUGUAAGUGAUGUGACCCAGGAUACGGCAUUCAAACAAAUUCUGAAUAAAUUCCUCGAAAACACUU